AUGAAGGCAUUCGAGCUGCUGGGGCUGGGCGCGCAGGACACGGUGCAGUACGCGCGGGUGGGGGAGCAUCCCGCCAUGAGGGCAUUCGAGCUGCUGGGACUGAGCGGGCAAGAGUCAGUGCAGUACGCGCGCGUGGGGGAGGUGGGGGGCGACGGCGCGGGCGACAACGACCAUGAUCUCGACCCCCAUGACCACGACAGCCACAACCACGCGGGCAGUGGCGCGCGGGGGAGCCCGCAGCUAGGCGCGUCCGCGCGCGGGAGUCCCCCUCCGCGGAAGCAGCAGCAGCAGCGGGUGCCCGGGGUGGUGUUUAAGACGGAGGCUGCGCGCGCUGCUGCUGCUGCGCUGGAUGAGGAGAUGGCGGGGGGAGGGGAAGGGGGAGGGGGAGGGGGAUCGGGAGGCGGAGGAGGGGGGAGUGGUGUGGGGGAGGUACGGAGACCGCGACAGACUGCUGCUGCGCCUUGGUGCUCUGUGAGUGAGGGAGUGAGAGGUCCCUGCCUGUCCCCCCAUCCCCCCCCUCCUUCCCCCUCCUCCUCUCUCACCAGAAAGCCACCCACCUGUCUCUGGUUGCUCAAAGCCACCUGUCUCUGGGUCCUCGUCUCUCUCGCGCUCUCAAUCACACUAACUCAGCUCCUCAUGGGCAUGUGCGGCUACAACCUUCGCUUCAAGGGCGCGUGGGUCACUCUUGUCUACGAUCCCAGCACGCGGGCACAGACAACAGAGUCGGUGGCCAGUUUGGAGCACAGCGUGUAUGACAACACAGGCGUGUUCCAGGUGACGUUUGACACGCUCGAGGAGGAGAUUCGCGAGAUCAGGGACCAGCUCAACGGUAACCAGAAGACGGGAGCCAAGCCGGCAGCGCCCGUCCCCCCAGUGGUGCAGCUAGCGAAGCUGAGGGUGCAGGUGGAGGAGCUGUCGUCGCAACACGCGCUGCUGCGCGGGAAACUGGACUCGCUUGUUGCUGCCGCUGGGGGUGUGAGUGCUGGUGCUGAAGGGAGUGCUGCUGCCGCUGCUGCCGCUGCUGCUGCUGUUGCUGCUGCUGAAGGGAGUGCUGCUGCUGGUGUGAACAGCACGGGUGGGGUUGCUGUGCAGCAGGCGGUGGGGAAGCUGCUGGAACCGCUGAAAGCGAGGGUGCAGCGCGAUGAAGAGCGGUUGAAAAGGGUGCAGGAGAGGGUGGACGUGGUUGAGAAGGAGCUGGCGGAUAGCACGGAGGUGCUGCAGCAGCUGCAGGUCGAGGUGGUAACUGGGGGGAAAGGCGAACCCGCAGCUGUUGUGGUGCCUUCUCCGAACGAACCUGCUGCGGUUGUCAUUCCCGAACCUGCGGACCCUGCAGCGGUUGUUGUCCCGGUUCCCUCUGAUGCUCCCGGUCCUGAUGCUCCUGCUGUUGCUGGUGCGAUGGGAGGGACGGUUGGAGGAAAGGAGGGCGAGGCGGAAGGGGAAGAGGAGGAGGGGAAGGAUGAUGCUGACUUAGGCCCUCCAGAGGAUUACCCAGGCGAAGGGGAUGUGGGAGAGGAAGGAGAGGAGGGAGGAGAGGAGGAGGGAGAGGAGGAGGAGGGAGGAGAGGGGGAAGCAGGGACGGGUGAGCAGGUUGGGAAGAAGAGUGCUGGGACUGCAGGGGAGACAGAGGCGCGAGGUGAAGAGGAGGCGGGGGAGGGGGAGAGGGAGGUGGGGGAGGAAGGGGAGGAGGAGGGAGGGGAAGUGGGGGAGGAAGGGGAGGAGGAUGAGUCACGAGCAGUGGGAGGAAUAGAUGUGGCGGAGGUGCAGCAAUGCGGCGAUGAGACUCUCGAGCUCCCACCAGAAGCCAAGGCAUGGAAGCAGCGCUCUCUUGUGCAGAUCACACCAGACCUGCAGCUCUUCAGUGCAUACCGGUACAACCCGCACACCAUUGCGAUGGUGGGCUUGCUGUCUCCUGACGUCCCCACUCUCCCUCUAGACGACUGCCUCUUCCGCCAGUUGGAUGGCUCCCAGCCGAUCGCAGGCUCGCUGCUGCGCCUGCAGGUGGAGCAGUGCAGUUUUGAGGCGCCUAGGGCAGCACUAGGACAGCAGUGCUCUGGUUUAGAGGCGACCGCCGCGACCCCGCGAUUCCCUCGUGCCUCCCUCCUUCCUCCCUCCCUUCUUUUCCCCCUCCCCACCUUCCCUCCUCGCUGCUUUACCCCUUCCCUUCCUCCCUCUUUUCCCCCUCUCUCCCUCGACCCCCCCUUAGAGCACCUCGGCAGUGAGCACCCCGGCAUGGUGCUGAGGUUUGAAGGCGGUACAGUGCUCCCACCUUGUGGGGGCUAUCUCGAAUGCACUGCUGCUGCUCAGCAUUCUCCUUUCCCCUCUCCCACCUCCCCCCCCUCCCCUGUUCCCCCUUUCCCCAUCGCCCCCUCAGAGCACUGCGGCAGUGAACAAGCAGCAUAUUCCCUUCUCUGCAGCCCUAUCGUUCCACUCUUCCCUCCCUUCCACAGCUCAUCACCCUUCCUUCACCCCGCUCCCUUGCCCCUCACCAUCUACUCGCUCCCCCCUUUUCUUCCCUUCUUUCCCCCCGAUUUUUUUCUUUCCCCACAGCUCUCCACCCCGCCCUCACCCCUCCCCACUCCCCUCACCAUCUGCUCGCUCCUCAUUACAAACGGCGUUUCCUUGUCCUUCCCUGCACUGCACCCUUUUCAUUUCAUCCCACUGUUCCCUCCCUUCCCGACAGCUCUCCACUCCCCCCUCGCCCCUCCCCACUCCCCUCACCAUCUGCUCGCUCCUCAUAACAAACGGCGUUUCGCCGCCCCGCUUGCGCGAGUGGCUGGACUACCACCGGGUGGCGGCGGGGGCGGCGAGGUUUGUCCUGUACCGGCACAGCAAGAGCCACUGGCCUACAGAGCUGCGACAGGCAGUGGGGGAAUACGAGCGGAUGGGGAUGGUGGAGGUGACAGAUAUUGUGGGGACAGACAAGGAGCAGGAAAAGUUCCUCGCCCUACAGGACUGUCUCUACCGCACCUCUCUCUCCUCUACCUGGACCCUCCCUCUCGACCUAGACGAGUAUCUCUCCGCCUCGCCCCCCGCCACCCUCCCCUUUAUUCAUUCUUCCGCAUUUUCUGUCCCUCCUUUCACCCCUCCCCACGCCAGUUCCUCGCCCUACAGGACUGUCUCUACCGCACCUCUCUCUCCUCUACCUGGACCCUCCCUCUCGACCUAGACGAGUAUCUCUCCGCCUCGCCCCCCGCCACCCUCCCCUUUAUUCAUUCUUCCCCAUUUUCUGUCCCUCCUUUCACCCCUCCCCACGCCAUUCCUCGCCCUACAGGACUGUCUCUACCGCACCUCUCUCUCCUCUACCUGGACCCUCCCUCUCGACCUAGACGAGUAUCUCUCCGCCUCGCCCCCUGCCACCCUCCCCUUUAUUCAUUCUUCCCCAUUUUCUGUCCCUCCUUUCACCCCUCCCCACGCCAGUUCCUCGCCCUACAGGACUGUCUCUACCGCACCUCUCUCUCCUCUACCUGGACCCUCCCUCUCGACCUAGACGAGUAUCUCUCCGCCUCGCCCCCCGCCACCCUCCCCUCGCUCCUCUCCGCCUCCUCCCCCUCCUCCCUCGCCGCCUCCCCCUACCUUUCCCUGGGUGCAGUGCGGUGGAGCACGGAGGUCUGUCUGGGGGAGGCAGAUGUGGUGAAGGUGGAGAGAGAGGGGAUUGGCGGGGAGGGAGGAGAGGAGGAUGAAGCUGAUGCUGCUGGUGAUGGUGGUGGCAGGGGUAAUAGCAGCAGCACUGGUGCUGUAUUUGCAGUAGAGAGGGCAGUGUUUAGAGAGCCGGCUCCUGUGUGCAAUGCUGAUGCGGCAGGGGAGGCAGCAGUGGGAGCGGCAGGAGGAGGAGGAGGAGAGGUGGAUGCGGCAUUGUGUGAGGGCGAUGCGGGCACACGGCGGGUCAUUGUUAACCCGCGCAAGGUGAGGAUGGGGGUGGGUUGUGGGGUCAAGGAAGGGGCACUAUUGGGAGGACCAAUGCGCUUCCUCUGUCCCUCCUCUCCCUCCACUGCGGCACACCCCCAAGGGCGGCACCCCUCUCAACGCCAAGCCAACACACAGGCGCAAGUCAACCGAGUGUCUCUCCUCGCCCUCCAUCAUCCCAUACCCCCCAAGGGCGGUGCUACUUUGGACGCCCGCACGCAGGCGCGAGUGAACCGUUUCCUCGGCCUCUCCAGUCUCAAGCAGGCGGGGGGGGUGGCCCUGCUCUCACUGCACCACCCCAUAUCCUCCAAGGGCGGUGCUACUUUGAACGCCCACACGCAGGCGCGAGUGAACCGUUUUCUCGGUCUGUCAAGCGUCAAGCAGGCGGGGGGGUGGGGGGGGUGUGCAGCAGCGAGGUGCAUCAGAGGGGUGGCCCUGCUCUCACUGCACCACCCCAUAUCCUCCAAGGGCGGUGCUACUUUGAACGCCCACACGCAGGCGCGAGUGAACCGUUUCCUCGGCCUCUCCAGUCUCAAGCAGGCGGGGCGGCUGUGCAGCAGCGCAGUGCAGCAGACAGGCGACGCUGCUGCCGCUGCCGUCGAUGCUGCUGCUUCUGGUGCCCCGCGGGGUUCUGUGGAGAGCCUAGAGGUGGCUGAGGGGGCGAGGCUUGCCAGAGAGUGUCCGAUAGAGAAGACCAGGGAGUGCGCCGUUUCCUUAACGCCGUGA